AUGUGAAUGCGAGUGAUACUGAUACCUACCUCACACUUUCGUUUAUCCAAGAAAUUUCCACUACUCGUGGUUCUGGAGGAGGUUCCUCUUCAUUUGGUAAUUGGGAACACCUGAAUUCUUCCAGUACAAAUAAAGCUUGGUAUUUAUAUAUAGCUGUCUAUCUCAAAUCAAAACUACAAUAAUUUCAGACAGUACCCAUUCUCACAGAGAGAUAGGGAGGGAGAAAAAUGGAGAAAGCAGUAAACAGACAGAAAGUUCUUCUUGGUCAUUUGCAACCCACUUCUUCUUCUUCUGCUCUUUUGCAGUCCCAUGAGUCGGCUUGUUUUUCUACUUCAGUUUGUGCGGCUGGAGAUAACGCUGCAUAUCACCGGACAGCUGCUUUUGGUGAUGAUGUGGUGAUAGUGGGUGCUUACCGCACUGCCAUUUGCAAAUCCAAGCGAGGUGGUUUCAAGGAUACCCAUCCCGAUGAUCUACUUGGCUCAGUUUUGAAGGCACUGAUAGAGAAAACAAAUGUGAAUCCAAGUGAGGUAGGGGACAUAGUUGUUGGUACAGUUCUUCCUCCUGGUUCACAAAGGGCAACUGAGUGCAGGAUGGCGGCUUUCUAUGCUGGUUUUCCUGAAACGGUGCCCAUCAGAACAGUCAACAGGCAAUGCUCGUCUGGCCUGCAGGCAGUUGCUGAUGUUGCUGCUUCCAUAAAAGCUGGAUUUUAUGACAUUGGCAUUGGGGCUGGGUUGGAGUGCAUGACGGUGGAUUCCAUUGGCAGAGUUUCCCAAGUUAACCCAAGAGUAGAUGCCUUUGUACAAGCUCGAGAUUGUCUUCUUCCUAUGGGUAUCACUUCUGAAAAUGUUGCACAGCGUUAUGGUGUUACACGGCAAGAGCAAGACCAGGCUGCAGUUGAAUCUCAUAGGAAAGCUGCUGCAGCGACUCUAUCUGGAAAAUUCAAAGAUGAAAUCAUCCCAGUUUCUACAAAGAUCAUAGACCCAAAAACUGGUGAAGAGAAGUCUGUCACAAUUUCAGUGGAUGAUGGAAUUCGACCAAACACAAACAUGGCAGAUCUGGCGAAGCUGAAGCCUGCGUUCAAAAAGGAUGGGUCCACAACUGCUGGUAAUGCUAGCCAGGUCAGUGAUGGUGCUGGUGCAGUCCUUCUUACUAAAAGAAGUGUGGCUGUGCAGAAGGGACUUCCAAUUCUUGGGGUGUUCAGGAGUUUUGCCGCUAUUGGUGUGGAUCCUGCUGUUAUGGGAGUAGGCCCAGCUUUUGCAAUUCCAGCUGCAGUGAAAGCUGCUGGACUAGAAAUUGAUGAUAUUGACCUGUUUGAAAUUAAUGAGGCAUUUGCAUCCCAGUAUGUUUAUUGUUGUAAGAAACUGGAGCUUGAUCCAGAAAAAGUCAAUGUCAAUGGUGGUGCAAUUGCUCUUGGGCAUCCUUUGGGUGCUACAGGUGCCCGCUGUGUUGCAACUCUUCUGUAUGAAAUGAAGCGUCGUGGGAAGGACUGCCGCUUUGGAGUAAUCUCAAUGUGCAUAGGCACAGGUAUGGGGGCUGCUGCUGUUUUUGAACGAGGAGAUUGUGUCGAUGAGCUAUGCAAUGCUCGAAAGGUUAGAAGUAACGAGUUUUUAUCAAAGGAUGCUCUUUAGACAUUUGUUUUCAUGUAAUUCAUUAUGUCCAUGUGUAGCUCUAGAGGAUAUCAAAUAAAACAGACAUCUUAUGGGUGCUGCAAGUUUGAAAAUAAAGAUGUCAGCUUUCCUCCAGUGCAAAAGUUGAGUCUUGUGUGUUUCAGUUUCAUGAUUUCGCAAUGGGCUUGUCAAGACUCGAUAUCAAUUUAGUUUGCCAUUGCAAUUAUAGUGCAUGUUUCAAUGUUUUGCUUCAAUUGAUUUACUACUGUAUGGAAAAAUCUGUCUUUUACAAGGGAGGAAGGCAAUAAAAGGGGCAAUGGUCUAGCUUGAUUUA